AUCACAAUACAAAUAGUUCAGUUAGAUCAAAAUGCCUUCAACUGAUCAAAAGAACUCAUUGGAUACGCAAGCUGUUGAGAAUUUUCGCCAAUAUUUGCAAAUACCCUCCGUACACCCAAAUGUAAAUUAUGAUUCGUGCGUCAAAUUUCUCGAGAACCAGGCCAAAAGCCUGGACCUCCCUAUCAAAACCUACUUCAUGGUCCCCGAAAAGCCCAUUGUGGUUCUCACGUGGGUGGGUACCCAACCCAGCUUACCAUCAAUUUUGCUCAACAGCCACAUGGACGUGGUGCCAGUUUUCGAGGAUAAAUGGACUCACAAACCCUUCAGUGCCCAUGUGGACGAACAAAACAACAUUUACGCCAGAGGCACUCAAGACAUGAAAUGUGUGGGAAUCCAAUAUUUGGAAGCUGUAAGAAGGUUAAAACAGCAAGGGGUGACUUUGAAAAGAACGCUACAUCUAUCGUUCGCUCCUGAUGAGGAAAUCGGGGGUGGAGAUGGGUGGAAAAAAUUCGUUUAUAGUAAAGAAUUUCAAAAUUUGAAAGUUGGAGUGACUCUAGAUGAAGGAAUUACGUGUGAAARUGACGAGUUUGUUGUAUUUUAUGCAGAGCGUUGCCCUUGGCAGUUUUACAUCCAUUGUCCCGGCAAGCCCGGACAUGGAUCAYUCCUUCUGGRAGACACGGCAGGAGAAAAAGUUUCAUACAUUUUGAAAAAAUUGUACGAAUUCAGAACAGGAGAGAAACAAAAAUUGGAAAAUAACCCAACGUGGACCAUUGGUAAUGUCACUGCAUUGAAUUUAACCCAAAUCAAAGGUGGUGUACAAACAAACGUGGUACCCCCCGAAUUCAUCAUAACAAUCGACUGUCGAAUCCCUCCAGGUAUUAACUUAGAGAAAUUCGAAGCAACUCUCAAUCAAUGGUGUAAGGAUGCAGGUUCUGACAUUUGGAUAGAAUUCAUAGAUAAAGCGUCACAUGUAACACCAACUAAACUGGACGAUUCGAAUCCUUAUUGGCUCGCAUUUAAAAAAGCAACUGACAAACUGGGUUUAAAACUGAAACCACAAAUUUCUCCAGCUGUUAGUGACACUAGUCACAUAAGAAGGGUUGGAUUGCCAGGAAUAGGUUUCUCACCAAUCAAUCACACGUCAGUGGCUUUGCACAAACAUGAUGAGUAUUUGCCAAUUCAAAUUUUCUUGAAAGGCAUUGAAAUUUACUGCGAAAUUUUGAAAAAUAUUGGAAAUGUUGAAGAUGCAACGGGAGAAGUAAAUUUUAGUCGUAAGAUGUCUUCAUUGUCAGCUGUUCAGAAAGACGCGUUGGACACACAAGCUGUCAACAAUUUUCGUGAAUAUUUGCGAAUACCCUCUGUGCAUCCGGAUAUUAAUUACGAUGCCUGCGUCAAAUUCCUUGAAAACCAAGCCAAAAGCUUGGGCCUUCCUGUCAAAAUCUACCACGUAGUUCCCAAGAAACCCAUCGUGGUGCUAACAUGGGCUGGGACCCAACCCAACUUACCGUCGAUCCUCCUCAACAGUCACAUGGACGUGGUCCCCGUUUUCGAAGACAAGUGGACCCAUAAACCCUUCAGUGCCGACAUAGACGAGCAAAAUAACAUCUACGCAAGGGGCACMCAGGACAUGAAAUGUGUGGGAAUCCAAUAUCUUGAAGCUGUGAGAAGGCUAAAACAGCAAGGGGUGACUCUGAAAAGAACACUCCAUAUUUCUUUCGUCCCUGAUGAGGAAACUGGGGGUGUUGAUGGGAUGAGGAAAUUUGUUCAUACGAAAGAAUUCAAGGAUUUGAAUGUUGGGUUUGCUUUAGACGAAGGGAUGGCGAGUCCCAAUGAAGAGUUUGCAGUGUUUAACGGGGAGAGGUGCAUUUGGCAUUUACACAUUCAUUGUCCUGGACAACCGGGUCAUGGCUCCUUACUAUUGGAUAACACAGCGGGAGAAAAAGUUACCUAUCUUUUAAACAAAUUUUACGAGUUUAGAAAACAGGAAAAGAAGAAAUUGAAGGACAAUCCCAGUUGGACCAUAGGUGACGUCACGACAGUCAAUUUAACUCAAAUGAAAGGUGGUAUACAAACUAAUGUAGUGCCCCCUGAGUUCAUCAUCGCGAUUGACUGCCGUAUUCCCCCCGAAACCGUUGAUAUAAAAAAAUGGGAGGAAACCAUCAACCAAUGGUGCAAAGAAGCCGGUCCUGGAAUCUGGAUUGAGUAUGAGCAAAAACAGGCCCAAAUUACUCCAACUAAACUAGAUUCUACGAAUCCGUUUUGGAUUGCUUUUAAAGAGGGAACAGACAAAUUAGGCCUAAAGCUGAAAACUCAAAUAUUUCCAGGAGGUACCGAUAGUCGCUAUGUGAGAGGUAUUGGAAUACCAGCGGUUGGCUUUUCUCCCAUUAAUAACACCCCAGUGUUAUUACAUGACCAUGAUGAGUAUUUAGGAGUCAGCACUUUCCUAAAAGGUAUAGAAAUCUAUUGCAAAAUAUUGAUUUCUGUUGCAAAUGUUGAGGACCGAUCAGGGUAAAAGUUGGGUUUUUGAUGUUAUUGAGUUGAGAGUUUAAUAAAAUAUCUACUGGUGCAAUAAA